UGCCCGUUUACCCUGACGUCAGGACCACCUGAGAGGGUGGCAGAGAGAGGAUGGCUGGCUGCGGUGAGAAGAACAACAGGGAGGUGGGAUUGAGGACUAGACUAUUUGCAGACAAAAUAUAAGCACCAGGCAAGAGAACCACCAGGGGACUGGAGGAAGCAUGGGGAAUCACCGAGACCUCUCAGAAACCUAGUUAAAUGAACUGCACCAGAGACUUGCAAGAACUUCCAGGUGGGAGAAGGAAGGACAAGAAGAGAUUAGAAAAAGGUCUUUGGGCCUUCGAUGUGAAGAACUCUUUAGUGAUGGAGGUGAUCGAUGCACGAAAGAUAAAGACAGAAGAAGAACUCACAGAGAACAUUGGGCUUCCCCUGUGUGUGCUUGAGAAACACAAUCCUUGGCCAGCCUAUGUGACAUAUAUGUCCCCGCUGGUGAAGAGACUCAUUGAGAAAAGCAAAGCUAGAGAUCUGGAAUAUGCGCAGGCACUUGAGGAAAGCCAACCGUCAUCGAGGCAGAACAAGCUGGCCAGCAUUACGCAGCUGAAAAGGAAAAAGUCGUCUAAGGGCCCUGGAAACCUGAUGUUGAAGGACAUGAGGUCAGAGACCAUGUUAUCAGUGUGGAGCUCCUACUCUGUACCAGCCACAGGUCCCACCGCUAUGCCAGAGCCAAGGCACUUCCAUACGGAUUCCAGAGAAAAUCCCACUGCAAACUAUAACAAGAUCAUCUUCUCUCGAAAACCCAUGAUGAGGCUGCUUCCGUACAGCUCCCUGCUAGUCAGCAAAGAGAAGCAUUCAAGUGUUUAGCAGGGAGCUCCUGCGGUCAUCCCUCCACCCCCCCACCAAGAUCGUACAGUAAUUAAGCUCCAUGUGCUGUAAAUUUCCCUAUGUCCUUUAAAUGUGAACUUGUCCCUACUUGUGCAGAGGUUGGCUGAGAUAAACCAGAUCUGAAUGUGGGUCGUGGAUGGGCAGGUAUACCCCCUCCAGCAUCACAGUCAGAAGGAGUUGGGAAACUCCACACCCCAGUUCCUGCCAUAUAUGCUUAGAACCUAACUGAGGAUGAAUGAGUUCCAGUCCAGGCAGGACACAGAAACCACACCGGUUACUAUACCAGAGGUAAUCCAAUACAAAGAAUUACUAACCAGGUAACUGGAAAGGUGGGACGAGAACCCAAUGGUAUUAGUGGAGGUAGCCACCUGCAAGGAAGCAGGUUUCCCAAGGCUGGGGGAGCAAAGACAAGAUAUUGGACUUAUUAAAAGUUAGGCACUUGGAGAGUGGGCAUGUGGGCUCAAUUUCAGAUUUUUGAGACUGGGCAGGAUGGGGGAUACUCCUCAGUGGCUUCUGGUGUCCUUGAGCUUGGAGGAAAUUUCCAGCAGGGAGGGUAUCUCAGUCUCUGUGUAGGGGAAGCUCUUUGGCUGAAGUUGAUUCUGUGAUGGUGGAGAAAACCAAAACCUGGACUCAAAUGCUUCUGGAAGGAAUUGACCCUGCCCGAGAGAACAAGAAGCGUUGCCAGUGGAAACAGACAGGGACAGGAAGCCAGCAGAGGGGUAAACAGGAAGCAAACCAGGAGAGAAUUCCUUCCUCCUCUUCCAGCCUCAAAGCUCCCCCUCACUGCCCCAUACCCCCUAUGGGCAGAACCUAUCAGGGAGGAAAGCAGGAAUGUGGUUUGCAGAAUCCUGAAUGCCAACAUCUCAGGUUGGAUGAAAGGAUAGACUUGAAGCCAGGAAUACAUUAGCUUCAAAACUAGCACUCUGGUGUUCUGAGUGAGCCCACCUUGUUCCACCAGGUACCUGAACUUGGAAUUGAGAUGUUUACUCCGUGGUGGGUUUACAAAGCGGCAGUGGGGGCGUGAGUGUCCCCUGCUGAGAAACGGAGGAUUUCCUCCCCUGUACUACUUUAAGGUUUGCCUUGUGGAGUCGAGUUGGCAGGGGAGAAGUUCCUGGCUGAACCCCAGCUGUAAUUUGUCAGACCACACUUAGCAUUGGUACAUCCAUGCUCUGGGCAGUUCCCAAUUAUGCCCCAAAGCAAGUGAUGUUAAACUUAGUCUCAAAGCGGACAGGCUUUGUCUUUAGAUGCAAGGGGAAUCUGGUUAUGAUAGGGAGACCUAGCUGAUCUCACGACUGGGGUUUAUCUAUUGACUAUAGCAUGCCUCCAUUGGUAGCUUCUCCUGAAUUUCUGUAUUUACAUUCAUGAAGCAGUUGAUACCCAUCUUGCUUCCCUAACAGACAUGUAGAGGCAAGUUGCUAUAAAUGCCAUUUGAAGAAGUCAAGUUUGCCCUACACAUGCAUUCUCUCCAUACAGGAAUCUUGCGGAAAUUUUAGCACUCACCUCUGGCUGCUGUGAGUAGCGUCGGGACAGAUUCACAAAUUAGAAGCCCUGGACCCAUUCCUGGGUUGCCAGGUCUUGGCCAGAAUGAAUUCUUGCACAAAUAUAGGCGGUUUCCAGUGAAUGUGAAUGACUGUAGUUCGUGUCCGUGGAUCAUUUAGAGACAUGGAAGCAGGUGGUAAAUUCCUCCCAAUGAGAAUUUUUCUCUCUCCUCUCCUUUCAUGGGAUUUUAAAGCCAGAGUAUAUUUUGGGUAGAUUUGGGAGUAGAUUUGCCUGUUCUGGGAGCACAGGGAUGUCUCUCAGGUUCUCAUGAACAAAGCUAGUCUCAGCAAAUGUCCAGCAUUGAGUGUUAAAGUUUAUUGAGAUUUGGGAUUAUUUCUUCCAAUCCCUCUUUGAGGGCAAAGCAGUUACUCCUUUUUAUUCUUUAAGUUUUUUUUUUUUUUUUAGGUGUUUAAUAGUUUUUACAGAAGUAUCUGUAUAUUCUCUAAAUUAAAAUGAUGGUUUUACAGGUAACUGUUUAGAUUGAAUUAAUUCCCAACCUGUUAUAACAACAGAAGCACGAGUGGAAGGACAUUAACACCUUACGUUGUGAUGAAAAUUGCUUGUAUCUGGGACUCUAGUCCAGACACACUGCCUCCUAAAACAGUUUUAAAAAAGAAAAAGCCUAAUUCCUUUUGAAAUGGGGGCUCUGUUCAAGCCCAAGCUGGGGUUCACAGGCCCAGCCACCACACGGGGAUUUGACCAGCUGUGACUAUAUUUGCAUGAGCACUGCAGGAAAGACCCAGUUCAACAAGACCAGCUGGACCCAGUCAUGAAGCCUCCACAUUGGGGGAGGGAGGGUUAUCCUCAGUAAUCCCUGUUGCUUAGAUUGUCUUCUGCUCCAGACCUCCCUGAGCGUGAUGGAGGUGGGGAGCAGUGAGUCAAAAUCCUCCUAAAAGGCUCUUUUGCUAAAACCCUAGAAAGCCCUGAGUAUGCACAGAAAGGGAGGGGGAGAGAGUUUCUUGAUUUCACAACACCCCAGCACGCAGGAUCCCACUGCCCUGGGCCUGCCAGAGGCCAGUGGAUGCUCGGCGGCACCAGCUUUGUUCAUGAGAACCUGAGAUAGAUUCCCGGUGCUCCCAGAACAAGCGUGCAGUCCUUCCGGGGGCUGAAAUCUGACCAGAGCAGGUGGGGCAUGGAACAGAAUGGGGAUUCUUCCUCACGGAAGCUCAUGGGCCUGUCCAAGCUGGAGGGGUCUGGGCCAUCUCCAGUUUCUCUGAACAUAUUAAACUUCCAUCUCUAAGAGGGGACGAGAGAGCUAGAGACUAGAGGCUAGCUCUCUCUGAUGUUCCACAGACUGCAGCCUCUAAUUUAUCCCCUUGGCAUCUGGAAUUAUUCUAUUUGGCAGGAGAGCCGUUUCACUUAGUCUCCCUGCCAUGGUCGGUUUACGAAACACCGGAAUCCGUAUUUUGUUGCCCUUUCUCCAUUGCUCUGUAACCAAGGCCGCCUCCUGACACAUACUGAGUAGCUGUUUUUGAACAAAUUCUUUGGCUCCUGCGCACAAAAUGGUAUUUACCCAUUUGCAAAUUCCACCGUUGGUGUUUAAACAGUAAUGCUUGACCUCGGCCGCUGGCCGUUUUCACUCUGGUGGGUCUGUAAGGACAUCAGAUAGUCUCACAUGCUGCAAUGUCUCAGCUGUGGCCCAGGAGCACGUCUCGAAGAUUAGGCUGUUUGGCAAAUAGGAUGCCUCCGUAAAGCUCUCCAGGAGCUUAACUACAUAAACCUGCUGGCCCAGGUGUGUCCGAGCCAGAUAUUUGAGGGUGGCCUGGGAGCUCUCUGACUGGAAUGCGAUGCCUGGUGGGACCAAGAUGGAGGGGACUUCAAGAGUGGUGGACUUUAUUAACAGCCCAUGUGACCAGCACAGCAUGAGAAGCUAAUCCUCCUUUUCCUGACCCAAGGUCCUCGUGUAGGACCCACAAAGACCUCACGUUGGUCCCCCUUAAGUCAUUUUGUCAGGACAUGGAGAACAAAACACGGGGACCCUGAGGUAGGGAUUUUGACCCUUGGGCUUUGAUGAGGGUCCUCGGAGAUAGCCGAGAAGUCUCAUGGAGGAGGAGAUACAGCACAGGAAUCUCAACCAGGGAUGGACAGCGUGUGUGUGUGGAGACAGAAAACCAGAAGCAGCAGGAAUCCCAAGACUGCAGCCUCACUCCAUGGGUCAACAGAGGUGGUAAAAUGGUCAUAAAAGUGCUUUCUUUGUGAGAUGUGUGUGAGCAAAGGGACGCAUCUAGACAAUGUGGCUCUUUUCAGCCUUGGCUGAGUCAUUCAUUCCUAGAAGCUUUUUAGUAGCCCAGCCUUCACGACUGACCACACAUUUUUAGAGCCCGCACUUUAUCGGUGCCAGAUAACAGAGACAGAAAGAGAGAGGCAUGGGGGAGAUGGUGGGAGUAAACAGGCACCUGAGAUCUGCUGUGAUCCUGCGUCCUCAGAACAGGGACGGAAGCUCAGGCCUGGGUUUAUGUUUGUCAAGUAAUCCGGAAAUCCUUCCUCUUCCUCCCUCACCAGCCCCUCCCCCAUCCCAAUCUUUUACUUGGGACCUAGAGCCUCAGCCAGCUCCUUACUGUGUCCCCAAACUGUCAGACAUUGCUGGGCCGGGCAUGUUCCCGGAGUGAGCAGGCAUGUGUAAUUUCUCUGGGGCUUUGGGGGUGGGGUGCCGUCAAAGCCAGCAGGAAUGCAGGAACACCUC